AUGGCAAGAUCAGACAUCAACAUCCUGCUUGUGCUGCACGCAGCUGGGCUGCCUCCACCAGCGGCAGAGGCGCAGAUCAGUGCUGCAGCAAAGGUGGGUUCCCUUGGAGGGCGUGGCACUGCCCAUGAUGGCAAGUCCUCCAACUCAGGGUCAAGAAGUGCGGCAGGGAGCACAAAGCGCGGCAAACAGCCGCUGCUGCCAACCAAACCAAAGCAGAACAGCCGCAGCAAAGCAGGCUCGAGCGAGCGCAAGAGGAAGGCUAGGGCAGCAGAGCAGCAGCAGGACCCAAUGCUGGAGCUCAGUCCAGAACUGGGGGUGACAGCCCGCGGCGAGAGGGAGGCUCCCCGGAAGCAGGUCAGGUUUGCCGACGCCGCGGCAGCCGGGCCGCGCAUUGCUGCCGCGCCGCCGCAUGCGCCAGGCAGCAUGCAUGCAGAGUCGCCCUCACUGGCAGCAGCAGCAGAGGCUCAGGGGAGCCCGGCAGAGAAGGGUGGAUUUGCGGCCGAUGAGCCUGACAUGGCGGAUGACGGCUGGGAGGUGCCAAACACUUUCCCCCUGGAUCCAAACGGCUGCGAGCUCCUGCCGGGCAGUUCACACGGCAGCCCCAGCAGGCCUGCUGCAAUCGUGGCCGAGCCCUUCACCUCCCAUCUGGACGCACAAACAUUCCAUGAGCCCAGAGACUGGCAAGCCAGGCAUGUGGAGGAGGCUGUAGCAGUGCUCAAGCCAGGGAACAAGGGUGAUCAGCAGAGGUCCCACGCCAGUGAAGGUGCAGAGGACGUCCCCGCCAGCAGAGCAGUGACUCGUGCCAAAGCAGGCGCAGCGCAGCAGGCAGGCGCUGCAAAGCAGGCAAAGCGUGGCAGGGCGGCGCCUGAUGUGGCGCCGACUGUGACGCGCGGAAGCAAGCGUUGUGCGCCCAGCCCUCCCAACGGCAACCAACCCCUGCAGCCAGAUCAGGCACUGCAUGCUUGCAGAACUGAGGCCGCGGCGCAGGAUGACGACUUCCAAGAGGCGCCUGCAAAGCUGGGUGGCGGGCAGAAGAGCACGCGUGACAGGCCGGCGAAUGCGCGGCUCGGCAAGGAUGGGGAGACUGUGCACCAGAAGGGAAGGGGAUUGGGCGAGAAGGCCAAGCCUGGGAGGGGUGAUGCAGCACAGACAAGAGGGAGGGAGACAGCCAAGCGACAGCUACCCAAGGAUGAUGGAUACGGAACAGGCAAGAAGGGAGACGGGCCAAAGCCGCGCCGCAAAGGCAGGCUGUCUGCGAAGGAAGCGGCGGCACGAGCGGCGGCGGCAGCGGCAGGGGCCAAGGAGGUUUCCAAGCAGGACGAUGUUUCAUUCUUCAAGAUGUUCACAGCCGAGGCGGCCCUGCAGCCGCCAGCCGAGGAGAGCCCAUCAAGCAAGGCAGCUGCUGCAGCAACUGCUGCUGACGGGGACAGUACAGCAGCAGAGGACCAGUUUCUGCAGCUGAGCAGCAUCGAUGAAGUGCCUGGGACGGCCUCAGCCGAGGCCGUGGACGGGCUUGCUGCGGCCGGCCCGGCGGCGGCCGCCGCGAAGCUUCCCUCGCAGCUGCCGGUAGCUUCCACCGCGGCGGGAAAUGAUCCGCUGUGGCGCGAUCCUGACGGCCACUCCAGCGCUGCAAUGCCCUCGGAAGAAGUUUUUGAUCGCGCCUUGGAGACAGCAGUCAUGUCAGAAUCGCUCGCACAGCAGCAGCAGCAGCAGGAAGAGGAGCUGGGGCGCCAGAAUAGGCGAGCCAUGGAGAAGCUGGAGGAAGCCGAGGCGCUGACUGUGCCAGACACGCCGCACGCUGACCUGGCACCAGCUCAGUGGCGCGGUGCGCGGACCCCCCUCCCCGGCCCGAGGGGGACCCCAGGGGUCUCCGAGAAGCUGGCGGAAGCCGCCGGCGGCAGCCGCGCGGCUCUGUCUGUCAUGGACAUCAACGCUCUUGGUGCCAGGCUUGCCCGGCAGGUGGUUUCACCCAAGUGUCCGGCGGAGGCGGAGGCGUUAGAGCAAGCACUGGCACAAGCGCGGCGCAUGCUGCAGACAACCGAGCGCAUGUGCCGGGAGCGAGGCAUCCUGCCGACACCAGACUCGUCCGCGCCCGCGGCAGGCAAGCAGCGACAACUCCCUGGCGAGCCGGCUGGCGGUGCAGGGGUCGUCGAAGCGAUGGACGAACUGCAGCUCGACGGCGAACCUCCCGCCAGGGGGCCCAAUGGAGAGGCAACGCUCGGACUUGGUGCCACCCUGGGACUGGGGGGUACUCUGGGACUCGGCACUCUGCCGCUGAUAGGCACUGAGCGCAGCCUGGCAGAGAUUGACGAUGCCAUGCGCGCGCACGGGUACAGGUUCUCCACGCUGGAAGCCGGACUGCCCACAUAG